CACACACACACACACACACACACACACACACACACACACACACAGUAGUGCUGUAAGUACUGUAUACUCAAAAACAUCCUUUCUCACAGAAAUACAUACUGAAUGAAAGUACACAAAUACACACACAAGCGUGCACGCGCACACACCCACACACAUACACACACACACACACACAGGAGUAUAUCAUAUCAUUAUCAGAGCAGCUGUAUUGAGCUCCCCAUGUGUUUAAGGCUGCAUACCGUAAGAGCACACACUGUAGGCUGCAACAGCCUGCUCUGUAGUGUAAUACCCAGCGGACAUCUCCCUCAUCCAGGCAUGCAGUGGUUGGCUGCCCUGCCCAUGGUGUCUUGUGGAAGGCAUAGAGAUGGAAGAUCUCUCUCUCUCUCUCUCUCUCUCUCUCUCUCUCUCUCUCCCUCUCUCUCUCUCUCUCUCUCUCUCUCCCUCAGGCAAACACUGACAUCUCUCAGCUGGCCUUGACUGACAGCUGUCUUGGCUGUGUUGCCAUGGACCAACCUGGAGGCCCUGCAGAAGAAGCUGGAGGAGUUGGAGCUGGACGAGCAGCAGCGGAAGCGUCUGGAAGCUUUCCUCACGCAGAAGCAGAAGGUGGGCGAGCUCAAGGACGACGACUUUGAAAAGAUCUGCGAGCUGGGCGCAGGCAACGGAGGAGUGGUCUUCAAGGUCUCACACAAACCCUCGGGGCUCAUCAUGGCACGCAAGCUGAUCCACCUGGAGAUCAAGCCGGCCAUCCGUAACCAGAUCAUCAGAGAGCUGCAGGUCUUGCAUGAGUGCAACUCGCCCUACAUCGUGGGCUUCUACGGAGCCUUCUACAGCGACGGGGAGAUCAGCAUCUGCAUGGAACACAUGGACGGUGGAUCUCUGGACCAGUCCCUGAAGAAGGCCGGCAAAAUCCCUGAAGAGAUCCUGGGCAAAGUCAGCAUCGCAGUGAUAAAAGGCCUGUCAUACCUGAGGGAAAAACACAAGAUCAUGCACAGAGACGUGAAGCCCUCCAACAUCCUGGUGAACUCACGCGGGGAGAUCAAGCUGUGUGAUUUCGGCGUGAGCGGCCAGCUCAUUGACUCCAUGGCCAACUCGUUUGUAGGGACACGCUCAUACAUGUCUCCGGAGAGGCUGCAGGGCACCCACUACUCGGUGCAGUCGGACAUCUGGAGCAUGGGCUUGUCGUUGGUGGAGAUGGCCAUCGGCCGCUUCCCCAUCCCGCCCCCGGACGCCAAGGAGCUGGAGCAGAUCUUCGGACAGCCCGUGGAGGGAGACCCCUCGUCCACAGAGGCCUCCCCCAAACCCAGGCCCCCCGGCAGGCCUGGCAGCUCCUAUGGCCCUGACAGCCGGCCUCCAAUGGCGAUCUUUGAGCUGCUUGACUAUAUCGUGAAUGAACCUCCUCCAAAGCUGCCAGGGAUCUUCAGUGCUGACUUCCAAGAUUUUGUUAAUAAAUGCUUAAUCAAGAAUCCAGCAGAAAGGGCGGACCUGAAGCAGCUGAUAGUCCACCCCUUCAUCAAGCAGUCCGAGGCUGAGGAGGUGGACUUUGCCGGCUGGCUGUGCAGCACCAUCGGCCUGAACCAACCCGUGACCCCCACCCACAGUGCGGGGGUGUGAGAGUGCGACCCCUGACACACACUCCCCACAACAGCCAUGUCAAACAAGUCCCUCUGCCAACCCCAAGCAAAGACACUCACACACACUUUCCCGUCAUGCACUAACCAACUGGCUAACAUGUGCGAACACCAUUACAAGUCUGCCAAUCAAUUAACAAAUUUGCCAAUCACUGCCUCACUCCACAACACAGAUUCCCCCUUUGAACUUUUAAAUCUGAACAUUGUGUACAAAUUGUCAAUUGUUUGCUUGAAACUGUAGAUAAAAUGGCCAGUAUGAGGGCAGUAGCCAUGGACUAGAACACACCUGGUAUUUUGAGCUCAAUGAGGGUCUCGUAAAGGUUUAGCUUGUCUGCUAAGUGACGCACUGAAAGACAGAUGAGCACUUUAAAAGCUUUGAUCCACGCUCCAGAUUAAGAAUGAGUUUUUAUUCCCCCCAGCAGAGUUAAUUGAGCCAUUUGACAUGUCGCUUGGAGGCCCUCCCUGCUGAUCGAAUGGAGAAGUAUCUCUUCCCUAACUGUACAGGUUUCACAGCCAUAGGAACACUUAAGUGUAAAAACUGAAUGCAAACCCAUUACACACACACUACAUAUUUUCCCUUGAUUUAUAUUUGUACAAGUGGCUUCAUCCUGUUAAAGGACCAUUAGACCUAUGGGCAUUUGCGGUCCCUUAAAUAUGCUUAUUUAUAGGGAGUAGACAUUCCCAGCCUUAUACCUCUGCUCUACCCCAUGAGUAUUUGUGCUAAUUUGUGUUUCAAAAGAAUCUCUUGGAAAAUUUAGGGAUAUUUGUGUUCAAUAAACUUGCAGUUUAUUUAACUA